AGCAGCUUUAUGGACCUCCCAAACGAGAAGGCAGACAGGAAGGAGCAGGUGGAAAGACUAGAGCUUGGAUUCAUCCAGCUCUCUGGAGCAACAGAGGGCAUGAGUAAGCAGGAGGCCAGGGCACGGCAUGGGGAGCUGCGGGGCCAUUGGAGGGGCCCCAGUGUCUGAGCCCUGUCCUCUCGCAGGAGACUACAUCACCAUAUAUGAGAGCCAUGGGGCAGUGCCAAACACACGGCACCCAGAGGACAUCAUCAAGCUGGCCCAGAAGGAGGAGGAGAUGAAGAACUCUGCUGAGGAGCCCGCUCCAGGGGCCCCAGCCCCCCAGGAGCUUGGGGCUGCGGAGGAGCAGGGUGAUCUUUGUGAGGUGAGCCUGGCCGACAGCGUGGAGCCUGCAGCGGGAGAGGCCAGGGAGGGUUCUCCCCGUGGCAACCCCACCGCAGAGAAGAUCGUGCAGCUGCUUCCUGUAAUGCAGGACACCCAGGAGCACCCAGGCUUGGCCAGCAAACCCUGCGUCCCUUUCUUUUACCGGGCAGCUGAGAACAGGGAGAUAAACAUCAUCAUCAUCUGAGAGCUGGUCAAGAAAUUGAAAACAACAACAACAACAA